GCGCCGGGCGCUCACACCGGGAGCACGCAGCGGCGGCGGCGGCGGGUGCCCCGGACCGGGACGGUGCCCGGGACGGCGGCUGGAGGAUGGGUUGCGUGAAGUCCAAGGCAGCCGGCGUCCAGGAGAAGGGAGCGGAAGCGGACCCGGGCCCCGCUCUGCAGCAGGGCCACUACGUGAGGGACCCCACGGCCGCCAGCAAGCCGGGCAACGACGCUCCCGGCGCGGCGGUGCCCCAGCCCGCGGAUGGCGACGCCGUGGUCCUGGCGCUCUACGACUACGAGGCGACGCACGCCGAGGACCUCAGCUUCCGCAAGGGAGAGCGGCUCCGCGUCCUGGAGGAGUCGGGAGAGUGGUGGAGAGCCCAGUCGCUGGCCACGGGGCACCAGGGCUUCAUCCCCAGCAACUACGUCGCCCGAGCGGACUCGCUGGAGACGGAGGAGUGGUUUUUCAAGGGCCUCAGCCGGAAGGACGCCGAGCGGCAGCUCCUCGGCCCCGGGAACGCGAUCGGAUCCUUCCUGAUCCGGGACAGCGAGACGACCAGAGGCUGCUACUCGCUGUCGGUGCGGGACGGGGACGACGGGACGGGCGGCGCCGUGAAGCACUACAAGAUCCGGACGCUGGAUAGCGGCGGCUUCUACAUCUCCCCGCGGAGCAGCUUCGAGACGCUGCAGGCGCUGGUGGAGCACUACCGGGGCCAGAGCGACGGGCUGUGCCAGAGGCUGGCGCGGCCCUGCAGCGCCCCGAAGCCGCGGAAGCCCUGGGAGAAAGACGCCUGGGAGAUUCCUCGGGAGUCGCUGAAGAUGGAGAAGAAGCUGGGAGCCGGGCAGUUCGGGGAGGUGUGGAUAGCCACCUACAACAAGCACACCAAGGUGGCGGUGAAGACCAUGAAGCCGGGCAGCAUGUCGGCGGCCGCCUUCCUGGCGGAGGCAGAGCUCAUGAAGACGCUGCAGCACGACAAGCUGGUGAGGCUGCACGCCGUGGUCACCCGCGAGGAGCCCAUCUUCAUCAUCACCGAGCUCAUGGAGAAAGGGAGCUUGCUGGACUUCCUCAAGAGCAACGAGGGGCGCAAGCAGCCGCUGCCGAAGCUGAUCGACUUCUCCGCCCAGAUUGCAGAAGGAAUGGCUUUUAUUGAGAAGAGGAACUACAUCCACAGAGACUUGAGAGCUGCCAACAUUUUAGUCUCAGCAACGCUGGUGUGCAAGAUUGCGGACUUUGGCCUGGCCAGAAUCAUCGAGGACGAUGAGUACACGGCCCGGGAAGGUGCCAAGUUUCCCAUCAAAUGGACUGCCCCAGAAGCCAUCAACUACGGAUCUUUCACUAUCAAGUCAGAUGUCUGGUCCUUUGGGAUCCUCCUGACCGAGAUCAUUACCUAUGGGCGCAUCCCAUACCCAGGGAUGUCAAGCGUGGAGGUGAUCAGGGCCCUGGAUCGCGGGUACCGGAUGCCGCGCACCGAGAACUGCCCCGAGGAGCUGUAUGACAUUAUGAUGAGGUGCUGGAAGACUAAACCAGAGGAUCGUCCUACCUUCGAGUACACACAGAGCAUUUUGGAGGAUUUCUUUACUGCAACAGAGAGCCAGUAUCAGCAGCAGCCAUAAUGCCGAGAGCUCGGUGACAGCAGCAGAGACCUGUGCACUGCACGUGCUGCACCACCGGCAACACCCGUGCGCACACUGUUCUUACCUGUCCUGUUCCCGGUGUUCCUGCACUCACCUUCCUCAGCUUUCAGCCCAGAAACCAAAGCCUUCCUGACGUGGCUUCGUUGGACCUGGGGGCUGGAUGAACCAGCGUCCGGGUCGGCCUCCCUGGGCUGUGCGACCGACGCACUAGCUGAGCGUGGUCGUUCCUUGUGCCUCCCGCAGACACAAUUCCGCUGGGAAAGACCUGCUCCAGGAAGCACUUGGUGGAUGGUGUUUAACUGGGGUUGUAGCGCAACGCAAGGAGGGCCCGUGGCAUGCUACUUCAGAUAAGAGAGAGAAAGGAAAAAACAGAGUUUUUUGAUUCUUUAGAGAUCUUAUCCUGCCAGUUUGCAGAAGUAGCUACUUCACCUGCGAUGUGCUGGCUGCAGCGGCAUUGCCUUCCAGCGAGCCUCUGCUGCGCGGGGCUGAGCACCGGCCCUUCGCGGCCCCUUGCGCUGGGGUGGACGCUCGGCCUUGGUGAGACCCCGGCACGUUUCUGCCUGGGCGUACCUGCACUUUUGCACUCUUCUCAUCGCCUCAGGAGCCUUUUUUGAAUGCCAAGUGUCACAGACGCGUGCUUCUCUCAAAGCCCGCCUGGGCCUCCUUUCCGAGUACUUCUCCUGGUGCUUCUUCAUCCGUGGUGGACAGCGCGUACCUUCGGAAGGGAAGGGAUACGGCGCUCGGUAACAUAAAUCAGCGCAGUGAUGCUGCCGCUCGCGUCGGGCGAAGGGCCAGAGCCGUUCCUGCAGCCGUGCCGCCGGGGUCCGCAGCCGCGGCAGGACAAGGACGGGCGCCCCUCACCUCCGGCGUCCCCCCGCGGUGGCAGCGCUGGCCCCUUCCCGCCCUGCCAAACCACCUCUGCAACUUAAUGCAAACAAAGGAGUACAAAUUAUCAGCAAUGAGCCACGCGUUUCUUGCACACCUCUUUCACAUCCUUGUUUUUAGUAUUUAAUGAUGGGUUAUUGGGGACAGGGGACUAGAGGAAGUAAAUUAGUUUUUUAAAAGACUGGCCAGCAUUUCUUACAAAAAUGAGCUUCCAUUUUUCCUCGUAUAAGGAGACACCGUCGUAGCUUACGAGCUUUUAUUUUUAGCUGUGAGAAAUUUAUUUUCCUAGUCAAUAAAACACUGUAAAUGUC